AAAAAUCUGUCCACAGGUAAAUAGACACUCUCUUCAAUUAUUUCAACAUUUCUCAUCUCUAUUCACUUCUUCUCUGUUAGACUGUUACUCUCAUUCCUACUCCGGAGAACCAUAACGUCUAUGCCCAUGUCAACGGGCCUCUCAUCAUUAUAAAAAAAAAAUGGCUCCUCUCACCUCAACUGGCCUCCACCGUGCUACUUGCCACUGAUUGAUGGAAGCCCCCUGCCUGCACCUUGACCUGAUAACCAGCCGGAGAAGCUCAUCACUAGAGAUGGAGAAGAGGUGUGGAGCCCAUGGAAGCAAUGGGAGGAGAGAAAAAAAUAACUCAAGCUAGUAAGGUUAACAAGCAACAGCCACCAUUUCUGCUUAGUUGGAGUGACCUUCCUUGUCACUGACCGUGAGAGGCAGCACACAUUAGGAGGGGCUAACAAUGGCGGCGUCCGAUCACGAUCAGCAAGCCGCAAGCGGGCACGGGACGACGACGCCGCUGGUGUUCGAUGAGGUCCGGUGGGUGGUCCAGAUCCGGCACUCCCUCCAGGACGACGGCGCCGGCGGCAGCGACGACGACGACGACAACGGCAUCCCGGUGUCCGUCUUCAACGUCCCCAAGCAGCUGCGCGUGCACAAGCCGGAGGCCUACACGCCCCAGUUCAUCGCGCUCGGCCCCUACCACCACUGGCGCCCCGAGCUGUACGAGAUGGAGCGCUACAAGCUCGCGGCGGCGCGGCGCGCGCAGAAGCGGCUCUGCCCGGCCGGGCUCAAGCUCGACGGCCUCGUCGACCAGUUCAAGCGGCUCGAGCGCAGGGUCCGCGCCCACUACCACCGCUACCUCGACUUCAACGGCGAGACGCUCGCGUGGAUGAUGCUCGUCGACGGCGCGUUCCUGCUCGAGUUCUUGCAGAUCUAUGCCUUCGCCGCCGACAAUGAGGGGGACGGAAGCGGCAGGGAGCUGCGGCGGGUGUCGUCGAGGAUGCAGCACCUCGUCGACUUCGCCGGGAGGAAGUCGGCGCACAACCUCAUCCUCCGUGACAUGCUCAUGCUCGAGAACCAGGUCCCGCUCUUCCUCAUCCGCAGGAUCCUCGAGCCGCAGUGCGCGUCCGCCGGCGAGGCCGGCGAGCUGCUCGGGAGGAUGGUUGCCGGGCUCAUGAGGGAGCUCUGCCCGUUCAAGAUGAUGGAGAGCUUCCCGGUGAUCGACAUCGGCAAGCACGCGCACCUGCUCGAGGUGCUCUACUACAUACUCUUGCCGAAGCCGGCCGACGACGACUCCGCGGCGGAGGCCGACGCCAACGGCAAUUUCCACGACGACGGCUACGACAUCGAGGAGCAGCCGGCGGCCGGCAGCGGCGGUGGCGGGGAGGAGCAGCGGAAGCCGGCUGCCGGUUGCGAGUACGUUAAGCAGCUCUUCCUCGCCGUGUGGGGCAUCGUGUCGGGGCUCAAUAAUACGGCCGGGCCCGUGCGCUACGUGACGAAGCCGAUCGAGUUCGCCAUCAAGGCGCCGUGGAAGAUGCUGGCCGUCGUGCCGGGCGUGGGGUCGUUCGUGUCUGGCGACGGGAGCACCACCAACCCCCGUGACCCGAGCACCUCCGCCGCCGGGUACCUGACCCGGCCGCCGCUGAUCGAGGAGAUCAUGAUCCCCUCGGUGUCCGAGCUGGUCAACGCCGGCGUCAAGUUCCUCCCGACCGCCGGCGACCUGUCGACCGUCUCCUUCGACGCCAAGACGGCGACCUUCAGCCUCCCCGUGGUGACCCUGGACUCUAACACGGAGGUGGUGCUCCGGAACCUGGUGGCCUACGAGGCGGCGGCGGCGUCGGGCCCGCUGGUGCUGGCCCGGUACACGGAGCUGAUGAACGGGAUCAUCGACACCGGCGAGGACGUGGCGCUGCUGCGGCGGCGCGGGGUGGUGCUGAACCGGAUGAAGAGCGACGGCGAGGUCGCCAAGCUGUGGAACGGGAUGACGCGGUCGGUGCGGCUCACCAAGGUGGCGUCCAUGGACAGGGCGGUCGAGGAGGUGAACCGCUACUACAACUCGAGGUGGCGCGUGAAGACGAAGCGGUUCAUGCGCAAGUACGUGUUCAGCUCGUGGCAGUUGCUCACCUUCGUCGCCGCCAUCUUGAUGCUCCUGCUCACCACGCUCCAGGCCUUCUGCUCCGUCUACACCUGCUCCCGGUGGUUCGGCGCCGUCACCGUCGCGAAGGCGAGGUGAUUGGAUUGGACUCGCCGGCGAGCCUUUCUGGAUCGGGAUACGCGACAUGAUUUGCAAUCUGCAUGGACCAUGGGGGAUUGGUGGCUUGGUUGGACGUGGACCCGUGGUAGCUCAGUUUUUUGGGUAGUGUGGGUUUGUAAUUCGUUGUUGGUUUGAUGUCCAAAGUAGUAAAUUGGUUGUGAAGAGUGACAUUUACAUUUGUAUUUGUGGUGAUUUUGAAAUGCUAAACGGUAUGAGUAA